AUGGAACUGCAAUUGGUCGAGAAGAAGAGGGUGAAAGAGCUAGAGAAUGAGGUGUUGUGCAAAAAGGAGGGGAAGGUGAUGGUUGUGGGGGAGAAAGGGGUGAUAAGUUUACAGAUGGAGGAGGGGCAGCAGGAAGUGGCGGUGGUGGCACAGACGGAAGGCGAGGGAGGGACGGAGAAGCACCCAUCCCAGUCUACUCAGCCCUUCAAAUUCCUUUUUCGAAAGCCCAAAGUUGCAUUCUUUUCUCUCAACCCUUUCUUUUCCAUUCCAUUUUCAAGUUCUCAGAUUCUUCAGCGACGCCAUCAAGAUGGAGAGUCUAUUGAAAACAAUGAGCUUGUUAGCCGCCCUCCCAAGCUCUUCGUGGUUCAGCCGCGGUUUCGGCCUGAACCCGUUUUGCAAUGGAAGCUUGAAGAGGCUUUGAACCUCGCGAAUUCGCUGGAAGAACAGAGAGAUGGUUACUACGACACCGAGUUUUCGGAGAAAGAGUUGCCUCAUGUUGUGGUGCAGAAUCCGAUUGACCGAUCACCUCGUGCUGAUACUUAUUUUAGGAAAGGAACAGUGGACACAGUUAAAUGCCAUCUAUAUGCCUUGGACUCGAAGGACGAGGUGGAUGCUAUAUUUGUGAAUGCAAGUCUUUCGGGCAUUCAACAGAGGAAUUUGGAGCGUAUUUGGGGCAAACCUGUUUUAGAUCGCGUGGGUCUGAUCAUAGAGAUCUUUAAUGCUCAUGCACAGACAAAGGAAGCAAAGCUACAAGCUGAGUUAGCAGCUCUUAUGUACAAGAGAUCAAGGCUUGUCCGUGUUCGUGGUCCUGGUGGGCGCUAUACAUUUGGCGGAGCUGGUGAAGCAGAAGUAGUCAGUGCCAGAGGGAGAGGAAGUGGGGGGCGUGGUUUCAUUAGUGGUGCAGGAGAAACUGAACUUCAACUCCAAAGACGGAGAAUACUGGAGCGGCGGAGUCAAUUGUUGUCUGAAAUUAAGGAGGUGCGACGGACACGAGCUGUGCAACGUGCUGCUCGUAAGAGGCAUGGAGGAUCAGAUGAUGAUGUCAUUGCUACUGUUGCUGUAGUUGGGUACACAAAUGCUGGAAAAUCUACCCUAGUUGGUGAGCUUUCAGAGAGUUAUCUUUACUGUGAUGACCGAUUAUUUGCAACAGUUGACCCUAAAUUAAGAAGUGUAGUUCUUCCUUCCGGGAGGAAGGUGCUUCUUAGUGAUACAGUUGGUUUCAUAUCAGAUUUGCCCGUGCAGUUGGUGGAAGCAUUUCAUGCAACCUUGGAAGAGGUUGUUGAGGCCGACCUCCUUGUGCAUGUCCUAGACUCGAGUUCGCCAUUUCUGGAUGAGCAACGGAAGACUGUACUUCAAGUUCUUCGGCAAAUAGGAGUAUCUGAGGAGAAGCUUGAGAAUAUGAUUGAAGUUUGGAAUAAGAUUGAUCUUCAAGAUGAGGAAUUCCAGCGCGAUGAAUAUGGUGAGGAUGAAGAAGUUGGCGAUUUAUCAGAUGCAACAGACGGUGAAAAUGUUUCUGACCAGUUGUCCGGACUGGAUGUUUCUGAAGCUGAUGAUGUAGAUGCAAAGGCUGAAUUGUCAGGGAAUUGUGAGGAGGGCCUGGAUGAUCAACAAGGUGAUUAUUCUGAUGGUUGGCUGUUAUCAGGAGAAGAACAAGAAUCACUGGUGGACUACGAAGGCUGUUCUGUGGGACAAGACACUCCGGAUAAUUUACGAAGUUUCACCUACAGGAGCUGGAGGAAUAGCAGAAAAGAUCCUCAAUUUGUUGGGACCACUGCAUAUGUGAAAACAUCUGCCAUUAUGGGAGUUGGCUUGCAAGAGUUGCUGGAGCUCAUUGAUGAGAGGUUAAAGAUCCAGAACGAGAAGGUCGUGGAAAGGAGCAUCUUUGAUCGCAAAUGGAGGCCCCCUCGCUCAGAAGAUCCUAUAGCAGCUGAGCAAUAGCCAGUUGGCCAGGCAGGAUAGCUUCAUUUUGUCUUCCAGCAGCCGUAGCUGUGUUGCCAUUGGAUUAAUGCUACUAUCAUGAGUUUGGCCAGGUCAAAGAAAGCUGGGAAGCUGCAAGCUUAAAGCUUAAUUCAUGUGAUCCAGUUCUGGAAGAUAUAUAUAUAUAUAUGCUAAA